GUUGCAACCGGUAAAUGUGCAGUUACACCCAGCCGUUGCACUGUAAUUUCAACCAAGAGAGUUAUGGUCAGCCCUGCAAAACAGAUGGCUUACAUAGAGAUGAGUCGUUGUAUAUCUCCUGUUAAGACAAAUUCAGAAAAGGUAAAUAAGAGGGAUCAUGUUAGAAGCAGGUUGAACUUUGAUGCCUCUGACAUGCCUGAGAGCUUGGAGAAUUCAUUGGCCAAUGAGAUUUCUACAUCCGAGUCUGAAAAGGAAUUGGACAUAUUUGGCAUUGAUUUUCCUAACUUUGAUGCCUUAGGGAUGGACUUCUCAUUCACAGAAAUGUUGAAUGAUCUAGAUUUUUCUUGUGAAGGCAUGGAAUUUUCUUGCCAUCCAACAUCAAGUCCUUCAAUUGACAACGCAUCAGGGUCACCUCAUGAAUACAAUGGCAAUAAUGCUACGCCUGAAUUAUCAACUGUGACCGAAGUUCUAUGUGAGAAAGAUAUGAAAAUACUAGGCCCUGAUUGUUUGACUGCAAUGAAAUCUGUAACAAAAAGCAUAACAGUUAUAAGCCCUGAGAAAAACCGCCAGCUGUCAGUGGAUGAAGAAAACUGUACAUAAGUGACAAUUUGAAGAAUGACUCAUCCUGACUUAUUAAUGGGAGCUCACAGCAGGAGAAUUUUAUAUCUAUUGUUCCAAAGAAUUGUUCCCCGCCGUUGCACUUCAUUUAGGAUGAUAACCCUCGAUUCAUUUGUACCUUGCAAGCUAGCCUAUUUGGUCAAAGCUUAAAAAGUGAUCGUAGAAUGUAGAUAGCUUCCUCCCUUGUUUUGAUUUAUUUCAAGGAUUAAUCUUAGCUGGGUUGUGUUUAUAUGACAAUUAUGGUUAACAGCCUUGAAGUCUAAGUCAUUCAAGCAAUUUCUGGUUCAAUGUUGUUACACUGUUAAACUUUCAUGUAAAAGGUUAGGGGAAGACUAGACAUGCUGGGAUGCAAUCUUAAAUUGAUACCAUAAUUAUAUUACUUCAUAACUUGUAAUUUUUGUAUUUGUUAACAGUUGCUGAAAAACAAGAUAGUAAUUGGUAUAUGAUAUAUUUAAUCA